AUGCAUGGUCGUCGUCCUGAAAGAGAAGAUCGUGAACAAGAAUCAUUAACACGUAUCGCUAUAGUCAAUAAUGAUCGAUGUAAACCAAAAAAAUGUAAUCAAGAAUGUAAACGUUCAUGUCCAGUUAAUAGAACUGGAAAAUUAUGUAUUGAAGUAACACCUGAAUCAAAAAUUUCACAUAUAUCAGAAGAAUUAUGUAUUGGUUGUGGUAUUUGUGUUAGACAAUGUCCAUUUGAUGCAAUAACAAUUAUUAAUUUACCAAGUAAUCUUGAUAAAGAUACAACUCAUCGUUAUGGACCUAAUGCAUUUAAAUUACAUCGUUUACCAACACCACGUCCGGGACAAGUUCUAGGUCUUGUUGGAUCUAAUGGUACAGGUAAAACAACAGCAUUACAAGUAUUAGCUGGAAAAUUAAAACCUAAUUUGGGAAAAUAUUCGUCACCACCGGAUUGGCAUGAUAUAUUAAAAUUUUUUCGUGGUAGUGAAUUACAAAAUUAUUUUACAAAAAUUCUUGAAGAAAAUCUUAAAGCUAUACUUAAACCACAAUAUGUUGAUCGACUUCCAAAAGCUACACAAGGUACUGUCCGUGAUUUAAUGAGUAAAAAAAAUGAAUUGGGUAAUCAAGCUGAAAUAGUAGAAUUAUUUGACUUAUCAAAGGUGAUUGAUCGACAACUAUCUGAUUUAUCAGGUGGAGAAUUACAAAGAUUUGCAUGUGCUUAUGUUUGUAUACAAAAAGGAGAUAUAUUUAUGUUUGAUGAACCUUCAAGUUAUCUUGAUGUUAAACAACGUUUAAAAGCUGCUUUGGCUAUUCGAGAUAUUAUUCGACAAAACCGGUAUAUUAUUGUUGUUGAACACGAUCUUUCAGUAUUGGAUUAUUUAUCUGAUUUUAUUUGUGUUUUAUAUGGUUCACCUGGACAUUAUGGUGUUGUUACUAUGCCUUUUUCUGUUCG